CACAAUCCAACAACGUUAACCCGGCAGUCUGCGGUUCGAGCUCAGUCAAUGAUCAUAUUCGGUAUUUCACAGCUGGAAUGUUAUCGUGUUUUCCUGAUUUAAACUGAAAGGUGGAUAGUUGGUUGGUUUAAAGCACAUUGUGUCAAAAGUCGCCGUUUUCAUCGAUGGUUAAUGAAUCAAAAGAAAGGAAGUCGGGCGCGAAAAUACAUUUCGAAAACGUGAUUGGAAUUUCUGAUUUGGUUGAUUAUACAGCUGAAAAUCGUGGAAAUAGAAGUGCACAUUUAUAUUUAAAUUGUAGAAAUUGAAAAUGUUCAUCGAAGUGUAGUUAAACCGUCUCAGGUUAAACCUAGGAACCUGUUUCACAGAAUAAGGAAGCGCCCAACGCAAAUCCAAAGAAUCAAACGGUUUUAUGAAUUCGAUAGAAACAAUCCAAUCAGCUCAGAGUGAUGGCUUAUGCCUACCUGUGUAAGACGGCACGCGGAUAAGCAAGCAUCCGUUCUGGUAAAAAGGGAUUCGAACAACCAGUGUCAGUGGGUGGGUGGCUGGUUCUUGGCAAUCAACACAAAUAGGAAGGAAAAAAAAACGGGCGUGCGACCGAGAACCGAGUUCGUUCUCAGCAGGACAUCGGAAGGCGAAGCGAAGCAGCAAUGGAUGACAUCAAGGCGGCUCUGGCAGACGCUGAUCCAUUUGCCAGCUGGUGGCCAUUCGUUAUUUCCGGAAUCGUUUUUCUGAUCAGUACAAUCAGGAUGUACAUGGGCGGCCAGGUUUGCCCCAAUUCGAAUUUGGUGCGCGACCAGGUGAUUAUCGUAACCGGAGCCAGCGGUGGCAUCGGUCAGGCAUUGUGCAAAGAGCUGGUGCGUCGGUCGGCCCACGUCAUCAUGGCGUGCCGGGAUCUGGAGAAAGGCGACCGCGCUCGUCAAUCAAUCAUCCGCGAAAUUUCCGGUGCUUCGGUGGAGCUGGUCCCGCUGGAUUUGCGGUCGUUCGACUGCGUGCGACGGUUCGUGCGGGAGGUCGAAUCACACCACCGGCAGGUCGACGUGCUGAUCAACAAUGCGGGCAUCAUAUUUCAUCCCGAGCAGCGAACCACCGAUGGAUUCGAGAUGCAUCUGCAGUGCAAUUAUUUAGGACACUUUUUGCUAACUCAGCUGCUGCUGCCGCUGCUCGAGCGGGCCCCACAAGGACGGGUAAUUAAUGUGUCCGCCCAUGGCUACACGGCCGGCAAGAUGAACAUCGAGGAUCCGCUGAAUGUUGGCAGCUGGGCGCCCGGGUUCCACGCGAGGGAUGCCUUCUCGCACUCGAAGCUGGCGAUUGUGCUGGCCAGUCGUGCCCUGGCCGGACGGCUGCGAAAGGCCAAAUCGAAAGUCACCAUAAACGCGUGCAGUCCCGGGUUAGUACGCGGCACGGAUCACCUCCGGUACUCACCCAUCAUGAGGGCACUGUUUGCCCGGGCUCUUACCUACCCGUGGAUGUGGCUGUUCAUGAAGAACCCCCACCAGGGAGCACAAACGAUGGUCCGGUUGGCAACGGAUCCGGAUCUAGCCCAGGUGUCCGGAGAGUUUUUCAAUGAUUGCGAACAAACCGACGUCACCGAGCUGGCCAAAGAUGAUUUGCUGGCGGAGAAGCUGUACAAAGAAACCAUGAAGGCGCUGAAGCUGGAGUGAUAGGCGUUCUUUCGUUCUAUCGUAAGAGAUGUGACUUAUUUCCGAAGAGUAUGCUUUUUUUUACAGAAUUUAAUAUUGUCGAUAAUAAAUCAUCAUUUUGAAUCAACAAUAA